CUCAACGAGAUCACAAAAAAGCUGUAGAUCGAUCAGGGGAAACUUAUCCCUUUCGAUUAUUUCUCUCAUUGACUUGCUUUUCUCAAUCUUUCUUGCGCCCCCAACGUCAUUCACUUCUUGUGCUGUCUUCACCACACUGGACCUGUCACGAGCCGAACGAUCGACCCCUCAGUAACUAGGUAUAGCUUGUCAAACCUCCCGGACCAUUUCGAUCGAGCUAGUCAAUACAUAAGACGAAUACGAUCGAUCACUGUAUAGUAGUUAUAGGGAAAGAACACAGCACAGUGAUUAUUCAUUCAGCAUCAUGGUGUCCGUCGACGAAGCUAUUCAAAGACUGAAAGAGACUCGGCCCCCCACCACAGAUGCCUUGACAUACCUCACCAUAGUCGAAACGAAUCUAUCCCCCGAAGUUCUUCCAACUCUAGAGGAGAUUCUCGAAGAUGCUGAGCUUACGAGCGAUAUUGGCUGGGACCUCGUGGAGAUGCUGAUCUCCGUCCCUGGUAGCCAAGGCUGCCUCGAGACCGUUGCCCGCCUUGGGAACCCCCGCGAGGUCAUUAUCAAGGUGCUUGAAGUGCUUGACUCCAAGGCCGAAUCCUCUGAGGCCGGCGAUGCCUCUGCAAGCGCAAAUUUCAUCACUCUGGUUGGCAUGCUGGGCAUCCUCCAUAGAAGACUGCAGGUCAAGGCGCCAUCACGAUUCCUUCAUACGACACUGCAGACCGUUUACCGAGCAUACAACCCCCAGGGUGCCGAGACGACAGCCGCAGUUAUUGAUCUCGCACGGUCUCUUUCUGGCAGAAAGCGACCACCGCUGCCCACUCGCCAGUCCAGCACCAAGCUUGAAACACCAUUUCAAGACAGCGACAUCUCCAAGAGCGCACCCGAUCCUGAGGCAGAUGCAGGUCAGGCCGCCGAGGGUGAGGCUGAACUAGUAUCGCGCCUCUUACAGUCAUUUGUUACGAGUAUCCUCGAAGCAUAUGUCAACUCAAAUAGGCUAGAGUGGGCGGCACGGCACUUGGAGUAUUACAAUCCGGAGAGGAUCGUGCCGGGGAAACCUACUAUGUUGCAAGCUUUCAAGCAGGUCGACGAGCUCCAAGCCAAAGAUGCUUUGGUUGGACAGUUGGUUUCUGUAGCUCGCGAUCUGGGUCUAGCGAAGCUACCGUCAGCUGAGGUCAAGAAGGCCUUGCAGUCACCUUUUGCUGUGAAUCCACUUGAAGUCGAGCCUGAUCCUAAGAAUCCUGAGGGUAUCAAGCUCUCAACUGGUGGAUUUCUUUGCUUGACUGCUUAUCGCAUGUUUGCAUCAGAUAUCUUUGAUGCCGACUAUGAACAACCUGACGCUUACAUCUUUCCUGAGCAUCACAAUUUGCUGAAACGAUUCCUCGGAGAUGACCCUCAGACGCAGAUAGAGAGCAAUCCUGGAACUGUUGAGGCCUUGCUAGUCAUUGCACUUUGGCUCCACGACCAGAAGCGCAUUAUUGGACCUAAAGGGACCGACGAUAAGGACGUAACCUUCAUGUCGUACCACCACUUACUUACGCUCAUUUCCGUCUUCCACCCAUCAUUGCGGGUACGGAAUGCAGCCACUGUGCUGGCGGGUCACAUCCUUCACGAAGAUCCCCACGAGGAAGACAGGUUGGGUAUUUUGGAAGACUUGUUGGAAAACUGCAUGUUCUCGUCACUGAAAGCAUGCGCAGUGACAUGGCUACGCGAAGAGAUCAUUGCCGCCCGCAAGGCCGGCUCAACGGGCCGCUUUGCCGAUCCGGACUGCCUUGACACACUUCAGUAUACCCUCUUUGAGGAUCUCGAGUCCCUCGCUGAGACAGAUUUGGAGGCCUUGUGGGAGUUUUGGGUCCAGUUCGCACCCUUCCACCUUCAGGUUGCCAAUUUCGCUCUGUUCUUAUUUGGUGGUCAAGAUUUCAAGCACUUGGUUCCUGCUGGAAUGGCCGCAGCAGUUGAGCAUCGAUACGCAAGCCCCUUACUGGCAGCCGCCAAGCGCCUGAGAGAGGCAAUAGAUAAGAAGGAGAUUGAUGGACAAGGGCAAGAAGACGAGGUUUCGAUGCAGCUAGGCAUCUUGAUGGAUACCCUCGAGCGUGUUCCAUUGCAGUAGGCCUUGGUGACUAUGGAUUAUAGGGGCGUUGCAGCUGAGGUCGGGUCUAUCGGAGUACGGCAUUUGUAAAUACGUAGUACAUGGCGAUGUCUGCAGUGUUUUCCGGUUAAGGAACGUAAAUAUGUCAUUAUUUAUAUUGCGCACUCUGUAUCACAAUGGCCAUACUCAAC